CUUUGUGAGAGUCAGUUUCUCUUUUAGAGGUUCACCUCAACAAGACAACGGUUCAAGGUUACUUUAUUGAAGAUGAAAUGGCGUCAAGUUUGGAUUGUGAAGACGAUCCUUCUUCAUGGGUCUGCCUAUCUCUUAAUGAGGGCGUGUCUACUGAGUCUGGACCUUGUCAAACAGAUGCAGUUAGCACACAAAGGCCAUUUGGUGAUCGCCCUAACAUGAGUGAUUUUAGGAUUAUUCUUCUGGGAAAGAGUGCAUCAGAAAACAACAGAGUGAGAAACUUCAUCCUAAAAAGAUCAGCAUUUGAGAAUGAAGAUCCUCCAGAUGAUGUUGAGCAGCACAGUGAGAUAUUCAGAGUAAAACUGGAUGACAAAGACAUCACAGUCAUUAAUAAUCCUCACCUGCUUCAGUUAAACCUCACAGAUCAUCAGAUCAGUCAUGAAGUGAAAGAGUGUGUGUCUCUGUCUGCUCCUGGACCUCAUGUCAUCAUCCUCAUACUACAACAUCAUGACUUCAGCGAAGAGGACCGAAACAGAGUGAAAUAUGUGCUGGAGAAAUUCAGUAAACAAGCAAGCAAGUGCACUAUAGUGCUGACAGAUGAAGAGAGAGAGAGUGAAGAACAGAGAUGUGACUCUAUUCAUCAGUUAAUACAAGAAUGUGGAGGUGGACAUCUUCAGUUUGAUGAAAGAAAAUCAGAAUGGCACUCUGAGAUUUUUCACAGGAUUAAGAAAAUACUUGAGGAUGAAGAGGAUUCAUUUAUUAUCUGUGACUUGUAUGAGGCAUCAGUGAAUAAAGGAAAAUUAGUGGACGAAAGAACAUCAGUGAAUGAAGGAAUAUCUUUGGAUGAGAAAAUGUCAAUGGAGGAAAGAACGUUAGUGGAUGAAAAAACGUCAGUGGAGGAAAAAAUGUCAGUGGAGGAAAAAACGUCAGUGGAGGAAAAAACGUCAGUGGACGAAAAAACAUCAGUGGAGGAAAGAAUGUCAGUGGACGAAAGAACGUCAGUGGACGAAAAAACGUCAGUGGAGGAAAAAACGUCAGUGGACGAAAAAACGUCAGUGGACGAAAAAACGUCAGUGGAGGAAAGAACCUCAGUGGACGAAAAAACGUCAGUGGAGGAAAGAACGUCAGUGGAGGAAAGAACGUCAGUGGACGAAGGAACGUCAGAAAUUGUUGUUCAAAGGAACAUCUUGGAUGUUCGAGAUGGUUCAGAUGAUGUGAGGAUUGUCCUGCUGGGAAAAACUGGAGCUGGGAAGAGUGCGACAGGAAACACAAUCUUAGGUAGAAAAGCAUUUAAAUCAGCCACAUCACCAGAGUCCAUUACUAAAGAGUGUCAGAGAGAAAUAGCUGAAGUUAACAGCAGAUACAUCACUGUGAUUGAUACUCCAGGACUGUUUGAUACUGAACUGAGUCAAGAAGACAUUCAGAGAGAAAUUACCAACUGUAUCUCAAUGAUACUGCCAGGACCUCAUGUGUUUAUUAUUGUACUGAGUUUAGCUCAACGCUUUACAAAAGAAGAGGAAGAAUCAGUAAAAAUCAUUCAAGAGACUUUUGGUAAAAACUCUUUAAUGUACACCAUGGUGCUGUUUACCAGAAAAGAUGAGCUUGAAGAUGAAACCAUUGAAGAGUACUUGGGAAACUCAGAAUCUGCCUUAAAGAAUCUCAUUAAACAGUGUGGAAACAGAUAUCAUGUGUUUAAUAAUAAGAAGAUUAAAGAUCACAGACAAGUUUCUGCUUUACUGGAGAAAAUAGACGACAUGGUGAAAGCAAACGGAGGGAGUUAUUACUCAUCUAAAAUAUUCAGAGAGAUGGAGCGAGAAAAACAAGAACAACAAAUAAAGGGACUGGAGGACACAAUAGAACAACUGAGCAUAGAGAAAGAAGAGGAGAUGAAGAGAGUGAAGGUGAUGAUAGAGGAAGAAAAACAAAAACAUGAGCAAGAGAGACAGAAAAGAGAUGAUGAAUUUACAGAGACAGAAGAUAGAUAUAAAAGAGAAAUGAAGGAGCAAGAAAAACAGCUGCGAGACGAGAUGAGAAGAGAACGAGAGACGUUAAACAAUGAAAUUGAGGAAAUUAAGAAAGAAAACAAAGAUCUGCAAAACAAAUAUAUGACACAAGUAAACAAUUUGAAUAGUACAAGAGAAAAUGAACGACAGAAUCAUGAAAGAGAGAGAAAGAGAAGAGAAGAUGAGUUUACAGAGACAGAAGAUAGAUAUAAAAGAGAAAUGAAGGAGCAAGAAAAACAGCUGCGAGACGAGAUGAGAAGAGAAAGAGAGACAUUAAAAAAUGAAAUUGAGGAAAUAAAGAAAGAAAAUAAAGAUCUCCAGAUCAAAUAUACAACACAUAUAGACAAAUUGAUGAAUACAAUAGAGACUGAACGACAGAAUCAUGAAAUAGAGAGAAAGAGAAGAGAAGAUGAGUUUAGAGAGACAGAAGAAAGAUAUAAAAGAGAAAUGAAAGAGCAAAAGAGACAGAUGGAAGAUGAGAUGAGAAGAGAAAGAGAGACAUUAAACAAUGAAAUUAAGGAAAUAAAAAAAGAAAAGAAAGAUCUCCAGAUAAUAUAUGACAAACAACUCAUGAAUACAAGAGAGAAUGAACGACAGAAUCAUGAGAGAGAGAGAAAGAGAAGAGAAGAUGAGUUUAGAGAGAAAGAAGAAAGAUAUAAAAGAGAAAUGAUGGAGCAAAAGAGACAGAUGGAAGAUGAGAUGAGAAGAGACCGGGAAAGAUAUGAGAAAGAAAAACAAGAUGAAAAACUGAAAAAAGAAGAAGAAGAUCAGAAAAGAAAAGAGAAAGAACAAAUGAUGUUGAACCAGUAUGAAAAAAGAGAAAAAGAAAGGACCGAAAGAGAAAAAGAAGAACAUCAGUUAACUGUUAGUAAAUAUAGCACAGAGAUAGAGAGGAUGAAGAAGAUGGUGGAGGAAGAAAGACAGAAACAUGAAGUUAAGAAGAAAAACAGAGAAGAAAAAUACAGAGAAAAGAUUAAAGAAAUAGAGACAAAAACACAGAAACAGAUGCAAGAUGAUGAAAGGAGGAGAGAGGAAGAAAAACAAAACUGGAGUGAAAAACAGAAGAUGCUUGAAGAAAAACUCCAGAAUGAGAAACAUCUGAAAGAAGAAGAAAGAAAGAUUUAUGAAGAUAAAAUUCAGCUGAUUGAACAACAGUUUCAAGAUAAACUCAUGAGAGUAAAAUCAGAGGAGUAUGAAGAAGACAAAAGAAGAGAAAUAGAGAGAAUUAAAAUCUGCUGCUAUCAAACAGACUCAUGUCAUCUGAUAAUUGAACCAAAGAUCAGCAAACUCUUCAAUAGAUUACAUUUAACAAACAGACAUCAAGAUAAACUGAGUACAGAAGAUUUUCUUAAAAUCACAAAGUCUUCACUUCAGUCUCAGGAGCCACAGAAAGAAACUGAACUUGUGAACUCAUUCCUACAUAAACUGUUGAACAUGAACUACAGAGCAAGAGAAACUCACAUAAAACACAGAGAAGAUCAACAAACACCUGCAAACUACAACCCUGAAGUUGACUUUGAUAUUGAUGUGAUGGAUGUUCAGAUGUCUGUGUUUCAUUGUGCUGAUAGUUUCCUAAAGCAGCUGAUGGUCACUAAACUCUCACAGUGUCAGUUUGCUCUUCCUCUGCUUGUUCCUCAUCCAUUCACACAACAGAUUGAGUUUCCUCUCUGGACAUUCAGACAAAUCAACAAGAGCUGGAAGAUGAGAAAUAAUGACAAUGAGAUCAUCAGUAAAGUCCAGCCUGUGUACAAAGCAGAGACUCCAAUGGUGUCGUUCUUCAGGUUUGGCUCUUUGUCUUCAUCAAAGUCUCAGCUGAUAAACAGUUUGAUCAAUGAGAAACACAACACGUUCUUCCACAGAAAUUGCUCAGGAAGCAGCAGAACCAGACUACUGAUGGAUGGAGUGGUGGAGAUCGCCUGGUACUGUCCAUCUGGAAAAAACACAGAUAAAUUUACUGACUGUGUUGCCUUCUGUAAUCUUCAUGGUGAUGCAGGAGACAAUGAGAAACAAUAUGAGAUUUUAACCAGUAUGUCUUCAGUCAAUGUCCUCUUCUUAUCUGAUUUUGGACAGAAGAACCAGUAUAAGGGUUUGGUGAGGUCACUCUUCAGAUCUCCUCAACCUCUUAUUUGUCUGCUCACAGACAAUGACUGUGAUAAAACUAAACUGACAGAUGGAAAAUUCAUCUUUGGUCUUUUGAACAAAAAUCAAUCUGAUCUAUCUAAUGAGAUAAGAGAGACAAUCAGAUUAACUAUCAGUCUGAAAGAUCACAUAAAGACCUUUAAACUGGAAGAUUUGGCCAAACACACAGGAAUUCAAGUAGAUGAGAAUAAUGAAGAGUGUCAGAGAGGAAAAGAGGCGGCGCUUCAGAUGAUGAGAUUACUGAAUAAUAAAGAUCCAUCAACAGUUAAAGAAACAAAUCUGCCCUGUCAGGGGAAACUGUGGCACGACUGGUGUAAAAUAAACAAAGAGCUUCAUCAUCUAAGAGGAGAAAAUCUAGAAGAAGAUAAAAGCACCAAACUGAAACUGAUGAGAGAAAUAAGAGAAAAACAACUGGCACAAGAAUUAAGUGAGUUUAUGAAGAUAUUUUUUGAAGCACUGCGAUCACUGAAAAACAAAAAGUAUUUUCUGACAUUCAUAAUAAAUCUGUUGGAUGACUUUACUUCUAAAAAGCUUUGUGAACUUCGCAAGAAGUAUGAUGUGACAUGGAAUAAAGUUUCUGCUUUGCAAAAAAUGCAAGAUAAACAAGACCAACUACAGAUUAAGCAAACAGAGCUUGAGGAAAUAUCAGAACAAAUCAAUAAAACAACCUUUGGUUUGGAGCACAUUGUGAGAGAGGUUGGUCAGAUUUAUGAAUCAUGGUUAUUUGUGAAGAAAAACAAUUUCUCUGAUCUCUCGAGAUUUGCGGCAGAGAUGAUGAUCUCUGGAUUUCCACUGGAGCUGAUGGAUGGAGAUGCUGCUCAUGUUCCUCUCAUGUGGAUUAAAGCUGUUUUAGAUCAAAUCAUCAAGAAACUGGGAGAUCCGAGAGUUUUUGUGCUGUCAGUUUUAGGGAUUCAGAGCUCUGGUAAAUCCACUUUACUCAAUGCCAUGUUUGGUCUUCAGUUUUCUGUCAGUGCUGGUCGAUGUACCAGAGGAGCUUUCAUGCAGCUGAUCAGAGUAUCAGAGGAGAUGAAACAACAGCUGAAGUUUGAUUAUAUUCUGGUUGUUGAUACUGAGGGUCUUCGUGCACCAGAACUGGGUGGAAGAUCAACAAGAAAUCAUGAUAAUGAAUUGGCCACAUUUGUUGUUGGUCUUGGAAAUCUGACAUUGAUCAACAUCUUUGGAGAAAACCCAUCUGAGAUGCAGGAAAUUCUCCAGAUUGUUGUCCAGGCCUUCAUGAGGAUGAAGAAUGUGAGACUGAAUCCCAGCUGUAUGUUUGUACAUCAGAACGUUUCAGACGUCACAGCUGGAGAUAAAAACAUGGAGGGAAGAAGACGACUGCAGGAGACUCUGGAUGAGAUGACAAAACUUGCUGCUAAAGUAGAAGUCAGUGAUGCAGAAUAUUUCAGUGAUGUCAUUGCAUUUGAUGUACAGAAAGAUGUGAAAUAUUUUUCACAGCUGUGGGAGGGAAGCCCACCGAUGGUGCCACCAAACCCAAACUACUGUGAGAAUGUUCUGGAUCUGAAAGAAUCUAUUUUAACACAUGCUUCAAAAUCAAAUGGUAUAAUGCUGACAGACCUAAAAGGACAUAUUGAAGAUCUCUGGGAGGCUUUGCUGAAUGAACAGUUUGUGUUUAGCUUCAGAAACUCAAUGGAAAUUGCAACUUACAGGAAAAUAGAGACCGAAUACAGCAAGUGGAGCUGGAGUCUUCGAAGUGCCAUGCUGGAAAUUGAAAACAAACUACACAACAAAAUAGAAAAUGAAGCAGUUCAUGAAGUUGAGGAAUCUGAUCUUCAAAGAGAACUUCAUGAAAAAAGUGAAGAAGUGAAAAAGUCAAUGUCAGAAUUCUUUGAGAAAGACAGAGAUGCAGGAAUACUGAAUCAGUGGAAAACUUCAUUUGAAAUAAAAAUCAAAGAGCUUCAGGAAAACAUUGUGAGGGAGACAAAGAAGAAAUUAUAUCAGGUUCUUCAGCAGCGAGAGAUGAAGAAAAAGAUUGAUGCUCAGAGGACACAACAUGAAAACAGUCUGUUUGAAAAGAGCAAAGAACUUGCCAUGAAACUAAAAGACAAAGCAAAUGAUGAAAAUAUCAUGAAAAAAGAGUUUGAGUCCUUUUGGAAAGAGCAGAUGGAUGAAAUCAUGAGAGACACUCCUCCAGUUAAAAACAUCGACAUAGUGAAAGAUGUGACAGAUCUUCUCACAAACAUCUAUGAAAGUCUCCCUGUAGAUCAUAAGAAAAUCAGCAGUGAGUACAUUGAUAUGCUCUCUGUGCCAAGCUAUUCAGAUUAUGCACAGUUAAAGAGAUCCAGUGGACGAAUGGCAACUUUAAAAAAUGUCUACAAAGGAGCUAAAGAGAUAUUUGGCUUUGUUGUUUUAUCUCCAGAGGAUGAAGUUCAGAUAAGAAAAUUAAUCAAUGAAAUUGCAGAUCAAACAGAUAAAAUGAUUCAGUCAUAUAACAUUGCAAAGAUGGGCUACAACAUCAGCUGCAUUCAACAACUUAUGUAUUACAUAAAGACCAAAAUAUCAGAUCAUGAAGGAAAGCCAAAAGUUAAAUAUGUGUUCAAGAGAGAAUUCUUCAGGGAUUUGGUAGUUUGCAUUUGUCAGAGAGCAAACAAGACAUUGAACGAUCAACACAAAAUAUUCAGAGAAGCAAAUGAUCCUGUUCUCUAUUCUGAAAGGAAGAAAGAAGAGUAUUACAAGAUUUUCCAGAAAUACUGUCAAGGAGCAACAUCAGCUGCCAUUACUGCUGAAUUUAUUUGUAAUAAACUUAAAGACACCAUUGAGCAGAAUGUCUACAAGAAAACUGCCAUAGAUUUAGCAGAUGAAAUGAAGACAAACUGUGAAUCACUGAAUGGAAACAGAUCAAAUCUGGAGAAACACAUCCUGAAGACACUGGCAAAUAAAGAGGAUUUUAAAACAUACAUGAACUACAUUCAGAAUCCCAGAGAUCACUUUAAAAGUUUCAUCAGAGGUGAAGUCAGUCAGUACAUAACUGAAAGAUUUCAUGAUAGUGUUCAACCUAAGAUGAAAAAUAACAUUACACAACUGCAGAAGAAGAUCAUAAACGCAGCACAAGAGUCCACCAAACACAUUCAAGAGAUCAAUGGAGAUCUUCAUUCAUGGUUGACUCAUUUCACACAUCUGCUGUCUGAUGUUCUGGUUUUCUCUGUAAGUGACCUCACUGGAGUGAAUUUUAGUGAUGUUGAUAUCACUGUCCUAGAAGAUAUGAUAAUAAAAGAGAUUCCAGAUGUAAUAUUUUACAUCCGCAGUAAAUUCAUUAAAGAAACAUUUCUAGUGAAGCUGAACAACACAGACAGACCAGAUGAGAUUCUGAUUGAUCAUUUCUGUCGGUGUUGUUGGGUUCAAUGUCCUUUCUGUGCUGCCAUCUGCACCAACAGCCUAGAAGACCAUGAUAAAGAGCACAGUGUCCCUUUUCAUCGUAAUAUUGGUCUAAAUGGGUGGCAUUAUAGAGGAACAACAAACCUAUCUAUCAACAUCUGUACAUCAGCAGUAGCCAGUGAUCUAUCAUUUUAUCCAGAUUCAGAAUCAGAUGUUAAGUGUCUGUGGAAGGAAUACAGAAAAGGAGGUCCUAAAUAUGCUCAGUGGAGCAUCACUCCUGAUCUCUCUGAGCUGCCGUACUGGAAAUGGUUUAUGUGCAAAUUUCAAAAGAAUCUAGAAGAGUACUACAAGAAAACCUAUGAGGGGAGCGGAAAGAUUCCAGAUGAAUGGAGAAAUUACUCUAAAGAGGAAGCCAUUGAGAGUUUGGAUAAAUACAUUUAAUGAAACACACAAAGACUUCAGGAUAUUGAUUUGAAAUAAGUUCAUGUGAAAUGUACAAAAUUAAAUAUAGCCAGAAAACAAUAAGUAAGCAGUUCAAGGAUACUGGUUGUAAAUGAAGGUUCAGUAUUACUGUAGUUUAUCAAUCACAAUACAAGGAAAAAUCUAUAGUACAGAAACAAACAACUGCUCAUUUCAAUGCUCAGUUUAUCUGGCAUCAGGCUCCAGUUUCUCAUCUGUUUUCAGUGGACUACUACUCUGUUCAUGUGACCUCCUCAACAUGCUUCAGUUCUAAAUUUAGUAGCAGGGUUGUGUCUAGGGGUGGUAUAGAUUGGCACCGGCCCCAGGGCUGUUUCUAGUCAUAGACAAACUAGCUGGUCGCCUAGGGCGCUACCAGCUGUAGGGGUGACAAAGAGCGCAUAUACAUUUUGACUGCUGCCUCACUGACUUAAGUGAAAAAUUAGUACUGUCACAUUCCAAGUGAAAUGCUCUCAGACAGCAAAUGUAGUGAGUUUGCUAACUUCUUCUCUGAGAAAAUCAAUAAUAUCAGAAAGGUGAUCAGCACAUCCUUGAGCAACGGAGGGGUCAGACAAGUCAGACCACAACACAGUUACGUUGUCUGAUUUCGAAGCAGUUGAUGGUAAAAUUUUGGAAGAAACAGUUAAGCAUCUUAAAACAUCAACCUGCGCCCUUGACACACUCCCAACAUCUUUUUUCAAAAGUGUCUUUAACUGUUUAGAAGCAGAUCUCCUAGAGGUGGUAAAUUCAUCAUUUAACUCUGGGACUUUUCCAAAGUCCCUUAAAACUGCAGUUGUUAAGCCCCUCCUUAAAAAGAGCAACUUGGAUUACACUGUAUUGAGCAACUACAGACUAAUCUCAAAUCUUCCUUUCAUAGGCAAGAUCAUUGAAAAAGUUGUUUUCAUUCAGCUGAACAAAUUCUUAAUUUCUAAGGCCGGUGACACACUGGAUGCGUGGCGUAAGCGUCUCAGCUGCGUGGCGUGUCCGUUUUUAAUUCAGCUUCCAUGUUAACAGGUUAGAGCUUGCAGUCUGCCUGCAUGAAACGCGCGUCUCAGGCGCGGCUCGAGCCGUGCGGAAAACGCGUGCUUGCUAGAAAUAGAACCGACGCCUAUUUUUCACGCGA